GCCUGAAACUCGUGUGGAACUGAUAUUCGAAGAAUUGGAAAUACCCAUGGUUAAUGACAGUUGCAAUUUAGACAAACUAACCAUAUUCGAUGCUGAAUCCCUCAAUAUGAACGCUGUCAUCGAUGUCCUGUGUGGCAAUUCGUCGAGUGGUACUAGGCAUAUCCUCAGCACCGGACCGGAUCUUUUAAUUGAAUUCAAUGCAAGUUCUAAUGUAACGGCAAAAGGUUUUCGUGGUAAAUUCAAAUUUAUACCGAAUAAUGAAAUUAUGGAAAUGAAGAAGGCGAACAAAGCUACAGAUAUACCAUUUGUGGCGGAUAUGUAUAGUGGUGGGGGUGGUAGUGGUGUCACGGCUGCAGGUGGUGGUACCAUUAUUGACAAUAGUUUGGCUGGAAUAAAAGUUGACAACAAUGUCAUGCGGAGCGGUGGUCUCACAACUGCACGAAAACAAAACUUAAUGGCUUUCAAUGCAAUGGACAAUGCCAAAGUUGUUAAAGGUUUUACAAAGGAAGGGACACCUAUACGCGUGGAUUUUUAA